UCAGCAUUACAUGACCCCAUUACUUUUCAAAUGAACAAGAAGUACUUUAUUGUGAGUCCAAAUGAAGAAGUUGCUCUUCACAAAAAAGCUUUUGAAGAAAGUAAGAUAAACAGAUUAAAAAAAGUGCGGGAACAAGAGAAACUUGCUUCAACAUCACUUUUAAAUCAAACUAAAAACAUUAACAUAGAAUGUGUCCAAGAUAUAUUGAAACAUCUUAGGAUUGAAUUUGAAGGAAAGCAAAAAGAAGAUGUCAACAUACUGCUUGAACAACUCAAUAAUAGAUUAAAGAGCAUUGGCGAAGGGCACAAUAUUGCUAACAAAGAAAACUUUGGCAAAAUGAAAGAGUUAACUGUUGCAGAAAGAGCAUUAAUUACAAAGCGUUACAAAAGAGCUAUUAACAAGAUCUUGGAAGAAAAAGCAAAGAAUGAAAAUUCCAUUGCAGAACAGUCUAAAUUAAGAAACAAGAUUGUUGCUAUGGAAGAAAACAGAAAGCAAACUAUUCUCUUACUUCCUAAACCUUGUCCUGAUCCAAUCAUUAAUUUGAAGCCAGUAAAAGUAAAUAGUUCUAUUACCAAAAACCAAACUGCUGAAUCAUUUUCAUUGUCUUAUCAUAACUUGCAAUCUACUUUACAGCAAGCACACUAUCCAGAAAUUUUUGUAGAAAAAGUUUUAGAUGAAAAUCAGAUAAAUGCUAAACUUGCUGCAGAUGAAGAGGAAGUUAAGCAUAAAGCUCUUCUAGAAAAACGUAUGAACGAAAAUAACGAGAGACUAGAAAAAGCUGAACUACGACAUAAACAUGCUCUUCGCGAGAUUCAGUUAAAACAGCAAAAAGAAGAUCUUAUAGGAGAACUGGACCAUCUUGAGUUGAAGGAACGACUUAAAAAGAAAAAUAUUGCAGUAAAUAACAAGGUACCAACGAUUACACAGUAUCAAUGGUUACAAGAUUCAAAAAUGAAGCAGAUGAGUUUAGAGCAAGCAUUCGAAAAUGCAUACAAUCCAACAGCAGGAAUACUUAUGGAAAACUCUUUUAAGACAAAUGAAUUUGAUGAUUCUUCUGAAGACACAGAUAGUAACAUGCUACCAACACCCAACCAAAGUGAAAAUGAAGUUAAAAAAUUGAAUGAAAAUAGUUUACCAAUACCAUUAAGUCGCCUUGAAAAGUUGCGUUUGCACAUUAAGCAACAAAAAAAAGAUCAAUUGAAAAGCUUAGAAGAUUUAGUUGUAAAUAAAGCUCCAAGCUCUGAUCAAAAUGAAUCAAAUUUAUCAAAAAAUGAGUCACAAUCAUCAAAAAUGAUUGCAACCCAUCAGGCUGACAGUUUACAAUCCAUGAAUAUUAGUUCUGCUUGUGAAAGACGUUCAUGGACAUCAGUUGAAUUCAGUAGUUGUUUUAGACAUGCGCCAAGUGUAGACCAAUCUGCAUCAUCCAGUGAAAGAGGAUUAUCAAGUGAAAGAACAUCAUCUAAUGAAAAAACGUCAUCAAGAGUAGAAGUGUCAAAUGAAAAAUUAACUUCCGCAAAAAUUAAUUACACUCAGCAUCUUCUCGAACACCAACAGCAGGUUUUAAAGUUUCAAGAGUCUCUCCUAAAAACACAAAUUUUGAAUACAGCUUUAACGUCUUCUUGUACCAAUCAUGUUACUACUAGCUCAGAUGCCAUUACUCAAAAAUUAACACAGUCAUCUUCUAAGCUAAGUAUGUCUUCCCGACACUCAGAUAAUUCUUCUCUAAAACAGUAUUCUUUAAGCAAAGUUGACAACCAUUUCUCCUCUAUUGGACAUCACGCAACAUCACAACAAGCUAGUGAACACAGUGUAAUUUUAGAAAAAAUGACUUGUGAGGUUCAAAUUCAAACUUCAUUUAUAGAGGUUGAUGAUGCAACGCAAACUUCAUUUAAUGAACAAAAAAACAAUUUAGAGUAUAAAAGUUUUAAUGAAAGUAGUAAACCUCAAGAGAAUAUGCAAGACCAUAUAAUACCUAAAGAGUACACUCUAGACUACCCAAAACACACAAAACAAAAGUCAUCAGAAAUCAAAAAUAGUUCAAAGUUAAAUAGUGAUGUAGUUUCAGAGAAAAUUAAAAAUAAGAAAAUUGCUCUUCGCCAACAGUAUCCUGAACUAUUCAUGAAAAAUUCUACAAAUCCAACAGAUUCUAUAGAUCUUACAGAUUCUACAGAUAGAGUUCGUAACUACAAACAACAUAUCAAAGAUCAACAGGUAAAGCUUAAAUUAAUUCGUGAUUCUAAAAAAGAGAAAAAAGAAACAGAAAUGGAAAUACCCAUGAAUGAUGAAACUUCAAAAGAAAAAACAGAAAUAACUGUACCCACAACAUUUCUUGAUACUAAUAAAACAAAACAAUAUAAUCUCUCUUUUUCUUUACACAAUAAUAUUGAUAGAAAAGAUAACAAUAAAAUUGAUAUGCGUAAUAUUGCAGAAGAGUGUAAGCAGUUGUCCCAACAAUUAAAACAAACUAAUGUUACUGAUGGUACUAACCACAAAAAAUUUAUUGAUAAAUGUUCAGUUAAUGAGUUUUUAUUGAAGCAAACCAAUGUUGACCCACAGUUAUGGGAGAACCAUUUAACUAAAACGAAAGUUGGAAGAACUUUAGAUAUACCAACAACUUCUAAUGAAGCUGUUUUUGUAAAAAGUUCUAACACAUCAGCAAACCUGACAUCUAAUAACUCUAAGCAAUUCGAUAUAUCACAAUUGACAAGCUAUCAUUCUGUGGAAAUGAUUGAUAAGGAAAAUGAUAGAGAAUAUGAUUUUAGUUUAAUUGAUGAUCAGUUGAACAAUUUUGAUAGUUGGUUAAAAAAGCAUUGUUUUGCAGAAACAAGUCAUUCAGUAUUGUCUCAUUCAUCUCCGUCAUUAUCACCUCCUUCAUCAUUUCAAAAAGUUGAAGCUGAUGCAAAAGUUCACAUGUUGAAUUGCUCAACCAAUUUGAGUUAUCAAGAUUAUUCUCAUAGUAAUAUACCAGAUUAUUUUAAACGUGUUUCAGAAGAUCCGCCGUUUUCUCCCAUUUAUGAAAUAGAAGAAAAAACACCAUUUAGAGAAAAGAAUUUUACAUCAGCAAGUUCAUCAUCAAUUGGAUCUCUUCAAGAGCAAUUCUUAUCAGGUCCUAGCAGAACCAGUCAAAGUAGUCCUAACCAUAUAUUGCAUGGUUUAUCAGGUCCUAGCAGAACCAGUCAAAGUAGUCCUACCCAUAUAUUGCAUGGUUUAUCUGAAAAACACAAUGAACCAAACUAUGAUGACAUAAGUACAAAAUUGUUAUCAUUAAAAAAUGAUUUCAAUCAGCUUGAAUAUAAAGGUGAUUUUGUUCAGCUCCCUGCAUAUAAAGAUGGCUUAAAUCAGGGAUCUGUGAAUAAAGGUAAUUUUCAUAAACCAAUUUUUAAUGAAGAUAAUUUUAAUCAGCUCGCUGUGGUUCAAGAUGAUUAUGAUCACCAAUCUGUACAUAAAGAUAACUUUAAUCAGCUCGCUGUGGUUCAAGAUGAUUAUGAUCACCAAUCUGUACAUAAAGAUAAUUUUAAUCAGAUUCAAGAGAAUUACUACAAACAAUCUGUUGACGAUUUCAAUCAACAUUCUGUAAGUAAGAACUUACACAGCUCCUAUAUAAAUUUGAAAAAAAUCAAUUCGGAAAUCAAAGACAAUGAGUUUAUUGGUGAGUUUUACCCUUUGCAGCCAGUUCAACAGAGCUCUUUGUCUUAUGUUGAAAAUCAAGCAUUGCAGUCAUCAACAAUUACUACUGAUGUUGUUCAAUUAAACUCUGACAAAAUAGUUAACUUUGAAUGCAAUGAAGUAUUAGCUAGCACUCAACAAACAGUGAGUACAAUAAAAGCACAUGACCCUGUUUUUAUAAAGUUAGGUCAACCUUUAGAAACAACAGAUGGUUUCGAAAGGUUCUUACAGCCAGCUGUUAUCAAAGAUAGUAAUGAAGGUUCAGACGCUUUUGAACAUCCACAAGUUAAAAAAGUGCUUACUAAUGAUAAUUCUUCAUUUUCUUCUAAUGGUUCUCCAUUAUUUUUACCAGUAUCUUGUUCAUAUCAAAAGGGUGCUAAAUACUCAAUAAACAAUAGUGUUUCUACUUCAGUUGAUGACUCAUCAUAUAAUGCAACACUGAUUUCAAAAAAAGGAACCUCCUCUGACUCUCUUCAGAUUAUCCAAAAAAUCUCAGGAUUUCAAACAAAAUUAUUUAAUGAUCAUAAAGAAAUGAACGAAAAAGAGUUAAGUAUUACAGAAGAUAAAUUUCAUCGUCUAUCUCCACACAGUUCUUUCAAAUAUGAUACUUUUACAACAUUUGGACAUGACAGCCAGCUGGAGUCUUUUACAACAUUUGAAAAUGGCAGCCAUCUUGAAUCGUUUGAAAAUAAAAAUGAGCAUGCUUCAAUUGCACAUGAAAAUCAGCAAGGUUUAUUUUAUGACAAUCAUCCAGAUUCAUUUUUAAAUCCAAGUUUAACAUUCCAUGAAUUGACCAAUCAAAAUCACCAAAAUGAAUUGACCAAUGUCUACGAAACUAGUACUAGUUUACAGCUUAAUGAAUUUAAGAAUCAACCAAUCAAAUCAACAAAUAACAUUUUAGAAACACAGGUCCAAAAUGGCGGAUCAGUUGAUUUAACAACAGACAUUGUGCCUGAAAAUAUUUAUUCUUUUUCUUUAAAACAUUUUGACGAAUGGAACAAAAGAGUUUCUAACCUAGUCAACCACAAACAGUCAAAUAAUAAUUCUCAACAAGAUAAUAAAGAAAAUGAAGCAGAAUCAAAUCACCAUUAUGCAUUAAAAAGUAUUAUGCCAUAUUUUGAAGAUAUCACAAUGGAUUUUACUGCACGCAAAAUUAGUGGUUCAAGUUUUUCACGAACGUCAAUCAAUGCAGAACUAGACAGUUUUAUACCUCUUUCUCUACAAAAUAAAGGAACAAUUUUUGACUCAGUUAACCACAAGCAGUUAGAUGAUACUUCUCAACAUGAUAAUAAAGGAAAUGAAGCAGAAUCAAAUCACCAAUAUGCAUCAAAAAAUAAUAUGCCAUAUUUUGAAGAUAUCACAAUGGAUUUUACUGCACGUAAAAUUAGUGGUUCAAGUUUCUCACGAGCAUCAAUCAAUGUGGAACAAGAUAGUUUUAUACCUCUUCCUCAACAAAAUCGGAAGAGAAUUAUUUCUGAUUCUGUAGAAAAUGUUUGUUUAACCAAAGACCCUUCAAAAGAUGACAAAUUUGUUAAAAACUCACAGGAUUCCACACAGGAUUACUUUAAAGACUUCUCUUAUCAAACUAUUAAUGUUGAAAGAACUACAGAUAACAAAAGUUCACAUUUAAAUGAAAGUCAACUUGAAAUAAGCAAUAUAAAUGAUUUUACCACUGAACUCAGUGUCCUGUCAGAUCUUGAUCUUUCAAUGAUAUCUGGAUCAGUUGAUUGGUCUUCUCUUGCACCAUUUCAUGAGUCUGGCUCUUCAAGUCAAGAAUCCUUAGAAAAUAUUUUAAACUAUCAAUCUAUCUCUCAAGUUGACUUGCAAGAAAAAAAUCACAGUUUACAAGGACCUAACCAAGAAUCUGAAAAUGUAGCCUUGACAAAUGAAUCAUUUUACCACCAAAAUGGUAAACCAGAUAUACCAUUUUACAAUCAAGACAAAUCAGUGAUAGAUGAACACACAUACCAUCAAGAGCAGAGCACGGAAAAAAAUAAUCAAGUUAAAGACAUUUUACAAACAUCAAUUAAAGUAAAUAAGUUAAAUCCAAAUUCAGAUAAACUAAAAAUAGCUGAACAAUCAAGUCAAAUUAAGCUUGAUAGUGAUAUUGUUAAAGAAAAAUUAUUUGAAAGUAAAAAAAGAACAAAGAGUUUGUACGAACGGCUCCCUGAAGUGAAACAACAAAAUGCUCUUAAAGAAAAAAAUGAGUUAUUGAAACGAAACAGAGCAAAGAUGAAAGAAUAUCAUAAGAAGCUUCAGAAGACUAUUAAAAAGCGUGUCAAAAAAUGAUCAAUAAGUCGGCUGGGAACUUUUUCUUUAAAAAUUUUUUUUUUAGAUUAUUAUAAUUGUAAAUUAUUUAAAAAUUAAAUUGUAUUUAUUUUA